CUGUACCCCAUCAACACCUCGUACCAACGGACCCACAAGGAAUUGCCAUGAAGAAUCCGACCCCAUGCCUCGACGGGCUUCCGGAGGAAUUACUGGACGAGAUACUAUUUUACGUAGGUCUCCUGCCAGACCGCUGGUACGGCAUCGACACUUACAGCAUCCAACCUGUAAGCGACCUUCUACGAGUGUCAAAGAAAUUCCGUCGGCUCGCCGAGACGAGACGCUACUUCGGGUAUGUGUAUACACAAUACGAUUACCCAUCAAAGCUGCGAGGGUUUCUUAUGACGUUGAUUCAACGCCCUGACCUGGCGUUGCACAUGCGAAAUGUUCAGCUAGAAUUGGGGAGAGACGAAAUUCCAUUGAGAGGGGAGAAGAAGAAGGUCAGGCUCUAUAAACCACCGGCAGGAAUAACCAAUGUCUUCUGUGCCGCCGCACGGAAGCUGGAUCUUGACAUAAGCGAUCACUUCUUCAAGCAGCUCCGAGAAGGGAGAGAAGAGGCCGAGGUGGCCCUCCUGGUGCACACACUCCCUAACCUUAAGAAUCUGCGCAUCCUUACCCAGGCGCAAAAACCAGAUCUCCACAACUGGCUACGGGCAAGACCAAGACGCAAAGAGACAAUCACACACACCUCAACGCUUGCAGCACCACAGCCCUUAUCGCAGCUCAAUCGCUUCUCCAUCCGCCAAAACUCGCUCACUAGUACCUUCGCCUGCAGACUCCUCAUGGACUUUCUCGCCUUCGUGCCCUCCCUCCGCACCAUAACCUUCGACGCAGCCUGGCCGUUCCCAAAACUCCUCUGGUCGGUCUGUGACCGCAGUGCCGCUGUCACGCACGCCACGCUCUUCAGCAACAGCGUUCCCGCCGUAACAGUCCUGCACUUCUGCAAAGCGUGUACGGCGCUGAAGUCGUUGUACGUUGUGCGCAGAGACCCAGAUCGUGGCCUUAGUGCCCUCGAAGCGGAUAUGGCCACGCUGAGGGAGGCACUGGCCUUGCACGCUGCGAGCUUGGAGGUCUUGCGCUUGGACGUGCUAUGCAACGUGGCGCGCAUUGAGGAGGGCAGGAGGCCGGUCUCGGCUAUAGGAGACCUGAGGAUGCUGGAUUUUUUGAGGGAGUUGGAGGUCUCGGCGCAGUUGCUUGCGGGGUGGCUUGCGGGGCCAGAGCCUACACCUUCGGCGCUGGUGGAUUUGUUGCCAAAGGGGCUGGAAAGGCUGCGGUUUACGAGCGAUGUCAAGGGCGAUGAGACGUUUGAAGGGUUUUUGGAACGGCUUGCUGAGUGUGUGGGGGAAAGGUUUCCGCGGUUGAGGAGAGUGGAGUUGCUCCCCUGGAGGGUGAAGUUUUUGUGCAUUUCUAGGGAGGUAGUUGCGAAGUUGAGGCCGCGAUUUAAGCGGUGGGGUGUUGAGCUGGUGGAACCGGUGGGGGAUGAGAUCUGGAAGCUGGCUGGCCAUAAGCACGUUUGUGAUUUACCGUGAGGAGGCUUGGGGUUUCUGAAUACGUUAGGAGGAUGAACACUUACUCUGUUCGGAUCGUUUGUUGGCCGUGCUGCAGGGUAUGCGAAUAUCACAGCCAGUUCUAGCUUUUUGGCUUUCAUUAUGCCAAAGACCUUUCUUUUGUUCCAAACU